AAUACAGUCUCAUAAAGAUCUUUCAACUGGUUGCAACUAUGUUUCGCUUUGUGAUUCUUCUUGCUGCCCUGCUGCCCUCAACGUUUGCCAAUCCUAUUGCGUCCUGCGAUAAGCUUGAAGCAGUUCUGGCUCAAGAGAUCAAAACAUUUUCUCGGCAAGCAAUUCAGGAAGGCGUUCAACUGUUGCAGCGCCUUUUGAAAGAAGCCGAACUCCUCGGACCAAACACUGCAGAUCGAGCUGCAAUGGAUAAGUUAGCCAAAUUCAUUGAAAACUCAAAGAACGCCGAUGAUUCCGAAGAAUUGGAGGACUUGUUAUAUGAGCUAGAGGAUCUGCUGGUCCUGGGCGACUUUAGCGCUGAGGAGACAGAUGAAAUGGAUGAGGAUCUGAUCACAAAGUUGUUGCGUCAACUCGGCUUCGAUAUGUUUGAGCAAAAUUUGGAGAAGAAGUUGGCCAUCUUUAUGAAGAGAACUGAAUCCCACAUCGAGUCCUAUCUGAUGAGGGAGAAGGGAUUCCGUGACUCGAAAAUGACAACGUGGUUUAUUAAAUUCCAAAAUGAAACCGAUAUUGAGAAGAAAUUAUUUAUGUUGGACGACCUCUUCGAAAACUUUGAUUGUUAGAUUGUAUAAUGCCAUCAGCAUGUAGGUAUUCAAUAAUUACAGUUUAUUAACAUACAAAUAUAUUGAAAAACAUUUUAAAUG